UCACUGACCGGGUGUGACAUCACUGACCAAGCUGUGACAUCAUCACCGACCUCACAGACCGCGUGUGACAUCUGCAGUGACAUCACAGACCGGGUGUGACAUCACCAACCAAGUGUGUGACAUCAGCAGUGACAUCACCAACCAGGUGUGGCUGCUGUCCCCAGGCCAUGCUGCGCCAGGGCCGGGCGGUGGCUCGGGCCCUGCUGGCUGUCCCCAGUGUCCCCCUGCUGGCUGUCCCCAGUGUCCCCCUGCUGGCUGUCCCCGCUGUCCCCGCUGUCCCCCGGGCCCGGCGGCGCUGUCACCGCGCGUGUCCCCCGCGGGACCUGGCUGUCCCCAACGCGGGCUGGAGCGAGCGCAUGCGGUGGCACUACGGGAAACUGCUGAGCGCCGAGGGGUGGACGCGGCUGCCGUCCUUCCGCAGGGCGCGCCUGCACCAACGGGAGGUGCCGGGGCUGGCCGGUGGCGGUGACAGUGACAGUGACAGUGACAGUGCCGGGGACACGCGGCUGUUCCCCAGGGCCAUCGAGGGGGACGGGGACGGUUUCGAGUUCGCCAUGUUCCUGAGUGUCCCCAAGGGCCGCCUGCGCUGCCUGUGCCAGCCGGGGCCCUUCCUGGAGGGACACCCGGGGCUGACGCACGGCGGUGCCAUCGCCACCCUCAUUGACACCUCCCUGGGGACGCUGGCGCUGGCGGUGGCCGGGCGGGUGGUGACAGCCAACCUCAGCAUCGACUACGUGGCGCCCGUCCCCCUGCGCUCCGUGCUCCUGCUGGACGCGUCCCUGCAGCGCCGCGAGGGCCGGAAACUCUUCCUGGGCUGUGAGCUGAGGGACCCCGAGGGGGAGCCCCUGUACGCCAGGGCCACCGGACUCUUCAUCCAGCAGGACCCCCCCAAGGAGCCACCGCGGGGAGGGGACAGUGGCCGGUGACGUCACCCGUGUCACCCGCGUGUGUCACCCGGGCCACCCUCGGUGACCCCCCUGGCCCCCAGUGUCACCCUGGGUGUCCCCCCCGUGUCCCCUCUGUCCCCAUCAGAGCCGCUGCCACCA